AUGGCCACAAAAGCAAUCGACGACGAUAAAGCAGUAUCGCCAACAAUUUCUCCACCGGCUUCUAAUGAAGUUGAUAACCUUGAAGCUCUUGGGUAUACGGCUGAGCUACAGCGGAAUCGAUCAUUGUUUACUCUCCUUUUCCAAUCGCUCGCAAUCGCAGCAAUACCAUAUGGAGAAGGGGGUCCAUUGAUUAGUGCCAUAUAUGGAGGAGGUCAGCUUUCCAUCUUCGUUGGAUGGAUUGUGGUUCUUGUUUUAGAUGAGUGUGUGGCUCUAUCAUUGAGUGAACUUGCCUCGAGGUAUCCAACUUCGGCUGGACCAUAUUAUUGGUCUUUCCAGGUCGCAAAAAGACACAAGACCAUCCUCUCCUUCAUCACCGGUUGGGUAUGGCUUAUUGGAAAUUGGACAAUCACACUAUCCGUCAACUUUGGAUUUGCAUCUUUGAUAUCUGCAACUAUCGCCAUGUAUCAUCCAGACUUCUUAGCAUCUAACUGGCAACUUACCCUCAUAUUCUAUUCCAUUUGUCUCUUAACACUUACUAUAUGCACAUUCGGCAACCGAUUCCUACCAAUGGUCGAUACAAUCUGCGCUGCUUGGACGGCCAUCAGUAUCCUAAUCAUUCUCAUUGCCCUUUCAGUCUCGGCAAAGGAAGGACGACAUAGUGCUAGUUAUUCCCUGGGCAAUUACGAUACCUCUUUUGCUGGAUGGGGAGGGUUCACUUUUUUCAUCGGUCUCUUACCCGCUGCAUAUACUUUCUCAGCGAUAGGAAUGAUCUCAUCUAUGGCGGAAGAGGUCGCCAAUCCCACCAUCAAAGUCCCAAAAGCAAUAGCCCUAUGCGUUCCUGUUGGUGGAACAGCUGGUCUGUUCUUCAUCAUACCAAUAUGUGUGACGAUGCCCCCUCUCGCUGAGGUUAUCGGUGCCCCAAGUGCUCAGGCACUCCCAUAUAUCUUCCAUAGAGUCAUGGGGACACCAGGAGGGGGAUUAGGUCUUACAUUUCUCGUACUCGGCAUUACCAUGUUCUGUUCUAUUAGCAUAACAGUGGCCGCAUCUCGCUGCACUUGGGCGUUCGCCCGUGAUCAAGCAAUACCUGGCUCCAGAAUAUUUUCCAUUGUCAACAAAUCCCUAGACGUACCAGUCAAUGCCCUUAUACUAGUAACUAUUGUUCAAAUGCUUCUUGGGCUCAUUAACCUAGGUAGUAGUAGUGCCUUCACCGCUUUCGUAUCAGUAGGCGUUAUGGCACUAGCUAUCUCCUACGCUAUACCGAUCGGCCUCUCACUUCUAUGGAAUAGAAGAAAAGAAGUGUCUCACGCGCGCUGGAAUUGUGGGCAUAUCGUGGGAACGACAGUGAAUGUGGUGGCUUUAGUAUGGAUCGCUUUUGAGGUGGUGUUGUUCAGUAUGCCUACAGCAUUACCUGUUACAGAAGUGACGAUGAAUUAUGCGAGCGUAGUGUUGGUAGGAUUUAUGACAAUUGCGGCGAUUUGGUAUGGCGUUUAUGCUAGGAAAGUGUACAAAGGACCGCCAGCAUCGGACGGUCUCUGA